AGCUGCACCAUUCGGUGGCUUAGGAAAGACACCUGCAAAGUUUGACAGAUGCUCAAAGUGAGUAGAUUGGUGAGCGCUGCGCUCUGGUAGGGCAGAACGAAGCCGUGCAGGUAUUAAAUGGCGAGAUUUCUUGCCGUUUCGCCUGAUAUACCCCACCGCCGUUCUGCACACGGGCUCCAGAGUGGCGACCGUCCCCCCAGCUGCUUUAGUUGAUGGGAAUCCACCGAGCUCUUGUAGCCUACGAGUCUUCUGGCGCUGACUUGGUCACAUGUUUGUCAAAAUCUGAGCUGUCCAACUCUGGCCUGAAUUCCAGCACCCGCCCACGGGAUCACGAGAUUCCUUUGUGCCAUAGCCACUAAUCCCUUAGCUAGUGAUUCCUCCACCUUUCACGACUAGCUAGGCCGGACACCGGGUCAGGGCAACGGAAGUAGGCUUACAGUAAAUUAAGGCUGCCAGAGAGGCAGUAGCGGCGCGAUGGAAUGGCGGACGCUGCGGCAUCUGGAAGUGGGCGCACACGCGCAGGCCGCUGCCUUCCAUCCAACGCAACCCCUGGUGUCCGUUUCUGUCGGACGGUCGGUCAUAGAGUACGACCUGCUGACAGGAUGUCAGCUGGCGAAGAUGGACAUCGGAGGGCCCGUGGUGCGCAUGGGGUACGCGCCCGCUGCAGGCCACGUCAUCGUGGCGGUGAUGGAGGACCACACGAUCCGGUGCUGGGACCACGACAGCGAGCUCACAGCCAUUCUCUUCACCCCUCCUGACCGCCGGGGCGACAAGCCCGCCGAAGUGCACCUCGCAGUGUGCCCCCACCGCCCCUGGGCCUUCUUUGCAGCGCACAGACGCACCUCCAUACAUGUGGUGGGCGUGCUGGAAGGCAUUCGGCCAGCCACGAAGCUGAAGGCGGAGUUCAAGAAGCCCAUCACGUCCCUCGCAUGCCAUCCACGCCAGCCCGUGCUGCUUGUGGCGUAUGCAGAGGGCGUCAUCCGCGCGCACCACGUCACCUCCUUCAACCUGCUCUACACGCUUUCUUUGGACGACCCGUCAGUGAAGCUGAUGGGGGCGGCGGCCAUAGUGUGCCACCACCUGCUCGACCAUAUCUUCGUGGGCGAUCGUUCGGGCUCCCUGCUCGCAUGGGACGUCUCCGUGCCUGCUCGCCCCAAUCUCAUUGGAUUUCUGCAGGUGGCGGUGGUGGCGGUGAUGGCGUGUGUGUGGCAUGCACCGCUGGAGCUGCUGCUGGUGCUCACUCGCGAUGGCACGGUCAAGGCCUACUCGCCCCACAUCCACCAGAACCCCGCGCUCUCCCUCGCCUCCAACUCACACUUCUUCCAUGAAUACGAGGCGGUGGAGGUGGACGUGGAGCGACUGCUGGUGCAGGCAGGCGGGCAGUCCGUGGUGCCCGUGCCCCGCAUCCGCACCCUGCACGUGCACCCCACGCUCAACUUCCUCCUCCUGCUCUUUCUAAGGGAGGGGGCAGCGGAGGAGGUGGUGCGGAAGCGGGAGGAGCAUCGCAGCAAGGCCAGUCGCAGGGCCCUGCUGGACAUGCUGCAGUCAGCCAGGGGCGCCACCGACCCAGCGAGUCAGCGUGAUAAGCUAUCAUCGCUGGGGCCGUCAGUGCUCAUGUCGGAUCAGCAGCUGCAGGAGCAGUUGGUGCUGUCACGUGGCCAAUCGAAGCUUGCUCAACCAACAUUGCUGGAUUUUGCUCGCAAGGCUUACUUGUAUGGACCCACCCAUGGAGGACUGUUGGACACUGCUGGCCAUCUGACGACUCUGCCUCUCAUCCGCGUUCUCGACCCUCUUGAGCCCGCCAACGACCUGCCCAUCGCCCAUCCGUGGCACUCGGCGCUGCUGAUGUACAACAGCGAGCAGGCGAUCUUCCGCUUCCCCUCGCGCAUCGCCCUCAUGGACGGCUGCUCCAUCGCCUCCUUCAGCCUCGCCACCGGGGUGCUCUCUAGCCUCAAGAAACUGCCGCCCGUGGACGGCAAGGGGCAGCAGCGGCGGGCGACGCACAUGGUGUACAGUCAGAAGCAGCAGUGCUUCCUGGUCUUCUUCGAGGCAGCACGCACGGCAGGCGGGGGCGGCGUGUCGAUGGUGGUGCAGCGGUACCUGGAUGUCAUGGAGCCCCUGGGCGAGGGGCUCGACACGCUCACAGACAUCCCUGCGCGUGACGGGGCGUUCAUAGGGCACCACGACAAGAAGCUGGUGCUGCUGGGCGAGACGGGCUAUGUGCUCACGCUGCUGCCGCUGCAGGACCCCAACAAGUCACCGCAGGAGCUGGAGGAGGAGGAGGAGGACAAGGAGGAGGAGCAGCGCAGCGCCAAGGAGGGUGGCGGCGGUGGCGGGGAGGAGACGACGUUCACGGGGUUUGGAAGUCGGUUUGACGAGGUGCAGGAUGAGGUGGAGCAGAAGCAGGCGGCCAAGGGGCAGGAGGGCCCCGUGGAGUUCACCUUUGAGACGCCUGUGCACCGCGUCUUCGCCACGCCCAUGGAGGACUCGCUGCUGUACGUGGCGCUGGGCAGCCACAUGGGCGUGGUGCAGGUGGCGGUGGACGAGUACGGGCGGCCGGCAGGGGACCUGGUGGAGGCGGAGGGGCUCAUGUGGCUGUCCACGCGCAAGCAUGACAAGGCCCACCUGCCUCUCAAGCUCGGGGAGACCGUGCUGCAGGUGUGGUGGCAGAAGGCGCUGACAGGGCACGUGGCGGCAGUGAUGACCACCAUGCGCCUGCUCAUAGUGGCGGCAGACCUCUCCGUGCUCGCCAGCACCACCGCCUCCUCCCGCGACUCCCACCCUCCAUUCACCUCAUGCCUGUGGGUGGGCCCCGCACUGCUUUUCACCACUGACUCCGCGGUCUUCAUGCUUGGCUGGGACUCUGUCGUCAGGCCCAUCGUCGCCCUCAGCUCGCCCAACUCAGUGCUACUAGCGGCACUGAACGACCGGCUGGUGCUGGCGACGCGCGCAUCGGUGUCGCUGGGGCGCGUGGCGACGGUGGACGUGCAGCAGCGCCUGGUGGGGCUGCUGGAGCCGCUGCUGGCGGGGUGGGUGUCGCUCGUGCACUCGCAGGGGGCGCACCCCAUGCUGCACCUGCCCAAACUCAUCAGCCAGCUCAUCUCCCGCUUCGACGUCAUGCGCCUCACUCCUCGCCUUGUGGAGCUGCUCAGCCGCGGGCCAACCAUCUGCUGCCAGCUGGCACUCGAGCUUGCUGAAACUGGCCCACAGUUUAACUCGGAGGUGCGGGUGAUGAGUGCGAUGCGUGCGCGCAACUUUGACAAGGCGCUGGACAUUCUCACGGCUGACUUCCACCACUCCACUGCGUACCCGCGCUGCCCUCCCUCCUCGCGCCUCUUCCACCGCUUCAGGCAGCUCGGUCGCCGCUGCAUCACGUUUGCGCAGUUUGACAAGGCGAAGGCGACGUUCCAGGUGGUGUCGGACGCGGAGGCGAUGUACGACCUGUUCAUCGCGCACAUGAACCCCUCCGCGCUGCGCCUGCUGGCCGCGGCGCUGGAGGAGAGCGAGGCGCAGCCGGAGCUGGAGCGCGAGUGCAUGCAGGUGCUCAAGGUGCGCUCGUCGCUGUGGAACCAGGGCGGCGUGCUCUCCGCCAUCGCGCAGGAGGCGCUGGCACCCAAGCCACCCGAGUGGGCAGGCGGCAACUGGACUGUGCUCGUCGCCCCAGACCCCUCCGAGGCCAAGCCUGCUGCCGGCACUGCUGCUGCUGCUACUGCGGAUGCUGUUGCUGCGGCGAAGGGGGUGGCUGGAGCAGCAGGAGGGGGGAACAUAGGGUCAGUGGCGGCGGCAGCAGGGGCGUUGAAGCCUCAGGCGGAGAUCACACACUCGUGGACGUUUGGCAACGAAGUGACAGCGUACAUGAAGACAGAGGGCGGCGCCAUCCCCAUCAUCAUGCCUGACAGUGUGGGCGUGUACCUGGGCGUGGCGCGCGGCAAGGGCGUGGUGACGGAGAUCCUGGAGAUGAAGAAGGACGAGGGCAAGAAGGCGGAGAAGAAGAAAAAAAAGAAGGCCACGGAGGCAGAGAUCAUGGCAGCAGCUGUCGCCAGCUUUCUGCCCGGGGCAGAGGCGGCGUCAGCAGCAGCAGGCGGGUCGGUGCGCAGAGGGGAGGAGACGGCAGAGGAGGCACAGCAGAGGGCGGCCGCGGAGUUCAAGACGAGCAUGUAUGGCACUGGGGAGGCGUUCGACAGCGACAGCGAUGAUGACACCAUGUCCACCACAUCCCGUCGCAGCAAGUUCAGCAUCAAGAUCAAGGACAAGGACUCACUGUCGGGAGUGGUGGAUGUGAGCCGCCUCAAGGCGGCGUCCAGGACGCUCACUCUGGGGGCGCCAUCCAAGCCCGCGUCAUCUGCUGCCACGGACGAGUUCGGCUGGCAGCAGUUCGAGUCUGACUCCAAUGGCCUCGCCAUCGUGCCCUUUGGGGACGCUGCUGCCGCCGCUGCCGCCCAGCCAGCACCUAAUGGCGUGCCGGGCGCUGCUCCAGGAGGGCCCCUGUGGGCUACUCCCCCUGGGCUGGGGGCGCUGGGCAUGGGCACGGGGGGAGGGGUGCCGGCUCAGGCCGUUGCACUGGGCUAUGCCAAGCCCAUGCUGCCACCGGGGCAGCAGGGUGCAGGGCAGGAUGGCAGUGCUGCGGUGGAGGCAGCGGCCGCGGCAGCAGCAGCGGCAGCGGCAGCAUCAGCGGGUGCAGGUGAAGCGAUGGGUGCAGCGGGGCCGGUGGGAGCGGACGUGGUGGGUGAGAGCGAGGCUCUGUUUGGGGAUGACGUGCCCUUUUCAGCACAGCCGUCGUUCCAAGCCACGCAACCCCCACAGGCGGCAGCAGGAGCAGCCGGAGUAGUGGCAGGCAAGCAGCGGCCUAUGCUGCCACCGCCAGGAGCAGGCCCCAUGCAGCUGCAACCCGCCACCGGAGCAGCAGCAGAACCGGCAGCGCAGGAGGAGUUUGGGGGGCUGUUGGCGGGGACUGCAGAGGGACAAGGCAAGGGGCAGCCAGGCCCACUCAAGGUGCCGCUGCCUAAAGGGACAGCAGGAGCAGAUGGAAAUGAGCUGCCUGCUGAGAUCUCGGCUCUGUCAGAGGCCCAGGCAGGCGCGGAGAAGCGGGCGAGCAAGGAGAAGGAAGCAGCGCGUGCAGCCAUGCCCACCAAAAUUCUCCCUGGCUAUGUGCCGCGGGGUGCGUCGGCGGCGGUCUGUGUGAAGGUGGCGCUGGUGCACGUGGAUGACAACCGCCUGGCUGACGCGCUGAGCUGCGUGGACGAGGCAUUCCUUGCCAUGGCCAAGGACCGCUCGCUCGGCAAGGACAUCCACGCGCAGGCGCGCAUCGCCGCCCACUACAAGACCGGCGCCAUGAUCCUGCAGGAAAUAGUCCGCCUGCAGAAGGCGGAGGGGCAGGGCGCGUUGGGAGCAAAGGAGGAGAUGGCGCGGCUGGCGCGGCACCUGGCGUCGCUGCCGUUGCAGCCGAAGCACCGCAUCAGCUGUGCGCGCACGGCCAUCCGGCGCAACAUGGAGGUGCACAACUUCGCCUACUCCAAGCGCCUCCUCGACGCUCUCCUCGCCAAGGCCCCGCCCAACAAGCAGGCCGAGCUCCGGGCACUCGCCAACAUCUGUCUGUCGCGGGGCCUGACGGACCGCACGAUCAACCGCUCCGAGGACCCAUCUCGCUUCUGUGCGGCGUCGCUGGCUCUGCUGCCCACCAUCGGCCAUGACGUGUGUGACACCUGCAACGCGUGCUUCGCUGCUCUCGCCUCGCCUGGCUGUCCCAUCUGCGGCAUGGGCACUGUCAGGCGCUUUGACAAGGCUGGUGUGGGCGGUGCUGGUGGGGGGGGGAGUGGUGUGGCAGGGAGGACUGCUGCAGCUGGAGGGCAGGCAGGGAGAGGGAAGGGCGGUGCCACUGCCUUUGCAUCACCCUUUUGACUGCAAAUGAAGUGCGCUGGUUGAUCACUGGUGGAACUGAGCCAUGACCCAUGCUAUUGUUAGUGGUACUCACUGCCUGGUACUAUAUGGCAUUGACAUCUGUGAUGAGUGCCUUCAAUACAGUUGUUGGGCUGAGAAAAGCCCUUAGGAUCUUUUCAGAGACCAAGUCCCAGUUGUACAAGAUACUUGAGUAGUGCAGCAGAGGAUGAGUAGUUGAUGUUAAAGUGAGAAUGAAU